AUGCUUCCGGACGCAAGCAUGCUUUCAGACGCAAGCAUGCUUCCGGGCGCAAGCAUGCUUUCGGGCGCAAGCAUGCUUCCGGACGCAAGCAUGCUUUCGGACGCAAGCAUGCUUUCGGAUGCAAGCAUGCUUCCGGACGCAAGCAUGCUUUCGGACGCAAGCAUGCUUUCGGACGCAAGCAUGCUUUCGGACGCAAGCAUGCUUUCGGACGCAAGCAUGCUUUCGGAUGCAAGCAUGCUUCUGGACGCAAGCAUGCUUUCGGGCGCAAGCAUGCUUUCGGACGCAAGCAUGCUUUCGGACGCAAGCAUGCUUCCGGACGCAAGCAUGCUUUCGGGCGCAAGCAUGCUUCCGGACGCAAGCAUGCGUCCGGGCGCAAGCAUGCUUCUGGCAGUGAGCAUGCUUUCGGACGCAAGCAUGCUUCCGGGCGCAAGCAUGCGUCCGGACGCAAGCAUGCUUCCGGACGCAAGCAUGCUUCCGGACGCAAGCAUGCUUCCGGACGCAAGCAUGCUUUCGGACGCAAGCAUGCUUUCGGACGCAAGCAUGCUUCCGGACGCAAGCAUGCUUUCGGGCGCAAGCAUGCUUCCGGACGCAAGCAUGCGUCCGGACGCAAGCAUGCUUCUGGCAGUGAGCAUGCUUUCGGACGCAAGCAUGCUUCCGGGCGCAAGCAUGCGUCCGGACGCAAGCAUGCUUCCGGACGCAAGCAUGCUUCCGGACGCAAGCAUGCUUCCGGACGCAAGCAUGCGUCCGGGCGCAAGCAUGCUUCUGGACGCAAGCAUGCUUUCGGACGCAAGCAUGCUUUCGGACGCAAGCAUGCUUCCGGACGCAAGCAUGCUUUCGGACGCAAGCAUGCGUCCGGGCGCAAGCAUGCUUCCGGACGCAAGCAUGCUUUCGGGCGCAAGCAUGCUUUCGGACGCAAGCAUGCUUUCGGACGCAAGCAUGCUUUCGGACGCAAGCAUGCGUCCGGACGCAAGCAUGCUUCCGGACGCAAGCAUGCGUCCGGGCGCAAGCAUGCUUUCGGAUGCAAGCAUGCUUCUGGACGCAAGCAUGCUUUCGGGCGCAAGCAUGCUUUCGGACGCAAGCAUGCUUUCGGACGCAAGCAUGCUUCCGGACGCAAGCAUGCUUUCGGGCGCAAGCAUGCUUCCGGACGCAAGCAUGCGUCCGGACGCAAGCAUGCUUCUGGCAGUGAGCAUGCUUUCGGACGCAAGCAUGCUUCCGGGCGCAAGCAUGCGUCCGGACGCAAGCAUGCUUCCGGACGCAAGCAUGCUUCCGGACGCAAGCAUGCUUCCAGACGCAAGCAUGCGUCCGGGCGCAAGCAUGCUUCUGGACGCAAGCAUGCUUUCGGACGCAAGCAUGCUUUCGGACGCAAGCAUGCUUCCGGACGCAAGCAUGCUUUCGGACGCAAGCAUGCGUCCGGGCGCAAGCAUGCUUCCGGACGCAAGCAUGCUUUCGGGCGCAAGCAUGCUUCCGGACGCAAGCAUGCUUUCGGACGCAAGCAUGCUUUCGGACGCAAGCAUGCGUCCGGACGCAAGCAUGCUUCCGGACGCAAGCAUGCGUCCGGGCGCAAGCAUGCUUUCGGAUGCAAGCAUGCUUCUGGACGCAAGCAUGCUUUCGGGCGCAAGCAUGCUUUCGGACGCAAGCAUGCUUUCGGACGCAAGCAUGCUUCCGGACGCAAGCAUGCUUUCGGGCGCAAGCAUGCUUCCGGACGCAAGCAUGCGUCCGGACGCAAGCAUGCUUCUGGCAGUGAGCAUGCUUUCGGACGCAAGCAUGCUUCCGGGCGCAAGCAUGCUUUCAGACGCAAGCAUGCGUCCGGACGCAAGCAUGCUUCCGGACGCAAGCAUGCUUUCGGGCGCAAGCAUGCUUCCGGAUGCAAGCAUGCUUCCGGACGCAAGCAUGCUUCUGGCAGUGAGCAUGCUUUCGGACGCAAGCAUGCUUCCGGGCGCAAGCAUGCUUUCGGAUGCAAGCAUGCUUCUGGACGCAAGCAUGCUUUCGGGCGCAAGCAUGCGUCCGGACGCAAGCAUGCUUCCGGACGCAAGCAUGCUUUCAGACGCAAGCAUGCGUCCGGACGCAAGCAUGCUUCCGGACGCAAGCAUGCUUUCGGGCGCAAGCAUGCUUCCGGGUGCAAGCAUGCUUCCGGACGCAAGCAUGCUUCUGGCAGUGAGCAUGCUUUCGGACGCAAGCAUGCGUCCGGGCGCAAGCAUGCUUUCGGACGCAAGCAUGCUUCUGGACGCAAGCAUGCUUUCGGGCGCAAGCAUGCUUUCGGACGCAAGCAUGCUUUCGGACGCAAGCAUGCUUCCGGACGCAAGCAUGCUUUCGGGCGCAAGCAUGCGUCCGGGCGCAAGCAUGCUUCUGGACGCAAGCAUGCUUUCGGACGCAAGCAUGCUUUCGGACGCAAGCAUGCUUCCGGACGCAAGCAUGCUUUCGGACGCAAGCAUGCGUCCGGGCGCAAGCAUGCUUCCGGACGCAAGCAUGCUUUCGGGCGCAAGCAUGCUUCCGGACGCAAGCAUGCUUUCGGACGCAAGCAUGCUUUCGGACGCAAGCAUGCGUCCGGACGCAAGCAUGCUUCCGGACGCAAGCAUGCGUCCGGGCGCAAGCAUGCUUUCGGAUGCAAGCAUGCUUCUGGACGCAAGCAUGCUUUCGGGCGCAAGCAUGCUUUCGGACGCAAGCAUGCUUUCGGACGCAAGCAUGCUUCCGGACGCAAGCAUGCUUUCGGGCGCAAGCAUGCUUCCGAACGCAAGCAUGCGUCCGGACGCAAGCAUGCUUCUGGCAGUGAGCAUGCUUUCGGACGCAAGCAUGCUUCCGGGCGCAAGCAUGCUUUCAGACGCAAGCAUGCGUCCGGACGCAAGCAUGCUUCCGGACGCAAGCAUGCUUUCGGGCGCAAGCAUGCUUCCGGACGCAAGCAUGCUUCCGGACGCAAGCAUGCUUCUGGCAACGCGAAGCAUGCUUCCGGACGCAAGCAUGCUUCCGGACGCAAGCAUGCUUUCAGACGCAAGCAUGCUUCCGGGCGCAAGCAUGCUUUCGGGCGCAAGCAUGCUUCCGGACGCAAGCAUGCUUUCGGACGCAAGCAUGCUUUCGGAUGCAAGCAUGCUUCCGGACGCAAGCAUGCUUUCGGACGCAAGCAUGCUUUCGGACGCAAGCAUGCUUUCGGACGCAAGCAUGCUUUCGGACGCAAGCAUGCUUUCGGAUGCAAGCAUGCUUCUGGACGCAAGCAUGCUUUCGGGCGCAAGCAUGCUUCCGGGCGCAAGCAUGCUUCCGGACGCAAGCAUGCUUCUGGCAGUGAGCAUGCUUUCGGACGCAAGCAUGCGUCCGGGCGCAAGCAUGCUUUCGGACGCAAGCAUGCUUCUGGACGCAAGCAUGCUUUCGGGCGCAAGCAUGCUUUCGGACGCAAGCAUGCUUUCGGACGCAAGCAUGCUUCCGGACGCAAGCAUGCUUUCGGGCGCAAGCAUGCGUCCGGGCGCAAGCAUGCUUCUGGACGCAAGCAUGCUUUCGGACGCAAGCAUGCUUUCGGACGCAAGCAUGCUUCCGGACGCAAGCAUGCUUUCGGACGCAAGCAUGCGUCCGGGCGCAAGCAUGCUUCCGGACGCAAGCAUGCUUUCGGGCGCAAGCAUGCUUCCGGACGCAAGCAUGCUUUCGGACGCAAGCAUGCUUUCGGACGCAAGCAUGCGUCCGGACGCAAGCAUGCUUCCGGACGCAAGCAUGCGUCCGGGCGCAAGCAUGCUUUCGGAUGCAAGCAUGCUUCUGGACGCAAGCAUGCUUUCGGGCGCAAGCAUGCUUUUGGACGCAAGCAUGCUUUCGGACGCAAGCAUGCUUCCGGACGCAAGCAUGCUUUCGGGCGCAAGCAUGCUUCCGGACGCAAGCAUGCGUCCGGACGCAAGCAUGCUUCUGGCAGUGAGCAUGCUUUCGGACGCAAGCAUGCUUCCGGGCGCAAGCAUGCUUUCAGACGCAAGCAUGCGUCCGGACGCAAGCAUGCUUCCGGACGCAAGCAUGCUUUCGGGCGCAAGCAUGCUUCCGGACGCAAGCAUGCUUCCGGACGCAAGCAUGCUUCUGGCAACGCGAAGCAUGCUUCCGGACGCAAGCAUGCUUCCGGACGCAAGCAUGCUUUCAGACGCAAGCAUGCUUCCGGGCGCAAGCAUGCUUUCGGGCGCAAGCAUGCUUCCGGACGCAAGCAUGCUUUCGGACGCAAGCAUGCUUUCGGAUGCAAGCAUGCUUCCGGACGCAAGCAUGCUUUCGGACGCAAGCAUGCUUUCGGACGCAAGCAUGCUUUCGGACGCAAGCAUGCUUUCGGACGCAAGCAUGCUUUCGGAUGCAAGCAUGCUUCUGGACGCAAGCAUGCUUUCGGGCGCAAGCAUGCUUUCGGACGCAAGCAUGCUUUCGGACGCAAGCAUGCUUCCGGACGCAAGCAUGCUUUCGGGCGCAAGCAUGCUUCCGGACGCAAGCAUGCGUCCGGGCGCAAGCAUGCUUCUGGCAGUGAGCAUGCUUUCGGACGCAAGCAUGCUUCCGGGCGCAAGCAUGCGUCCGGACGCAAGCAUGCUUCCGGACGCAAGCAUGCUUCCGGACGCAAGCAUGCUUCCGGACGCAAGCAUGCUUUCGGACGCAAGCAUGCUUUCGGACGCAAGCAUGCUUCCGGACGCAAGCAUGCUUUCGGGCGCAAGCAUGCUUCCGGACGCAAGCAUGCGUCCGGACGCAAGCAUGCUUCUGGCAGUGAGCAUGCUUUCGGACGCAAGCAUGCUUCCGGGCGCAACCAUGCGUCCGGACGCAAGCAUGCUUCCGGACGCAAGCAUGCUUCCGGACGCAAGCAUGCUUCCGGACGCAAGCAUGCGUCCGGGCGCAAGCAUGCUUCUGGACGCAAGCAUGCUUUCGGACGCAAGCAUGCUUUCGGACGCAAGCAUGCUUCCGGACGCAAGCAUGCUUUCGGACGCAAGCAUGCGUCCGGGCGCAAGCAUGCUUCCGGACGCAAGCAUGCUUUCGGGCGCAAGCAUGCUUUCGGACGCAAGCAUGCUUUCGGACGCAAGCAUGCUUUCGGACGCAAGCAUGCGUCCGGACGCAAGCAUGCUUCCGGACGCAAGCAUGCGUCCGGGCGCAAGCAUGCUUUCGGAUGCAAGCAUGCUUCUGGACGCAAGCAUGCUUUCGGGCGCAAGCAUGCUUUCGGACGCAAGCAUGCUUUCGGACGCAAGCAUGCUUCCGGACGCAAGCAUGCUUUCGGGCGCAAGCAUGCUUCCGGACGCAAGCAUGCGUCCGGACGCAAGCAUGCUUCUGGCAGUGAGCAUGCUUUCGGACGCAAGCAUGCUUCCGGGCGCAAGCAUGCGUCCGGACGCAAGCAUGCUUCCGGACGCAAGCAUGCUUCCGGACGCAAGCAUGCUUCCGGACGCAAGCAUGCGUCCGGGCGCAAGCAUGCUUCUGGACGCAAGCAUGCUUUCGGACGCAAGCAUGCUUUCGGACGCAAGCAUGCUUCCGGACGCAAGCAUGCUUUCGGACGCAAGCAUGCGUCCGGGCGCAAGCAUGCUUCCGGACGCAAGCAUGCUUUCGGGCGCAAGCAUGCUUCCGGACGCAAGCAUGCUUUCGGACGCAAGCAUGCUUUCGGACGCAAGCAUGCGUCCGGACGCAAGCAUGCUUCCGGACGCAAGCAUGCGUCCGGGCGCAAGCAUGCUUUCGGAUGCAAGCAUGCUUCUGGACGCAAGCAUGCUUUCGGGCGCAAGCAUGCUUUCGGACGCAAGCAUGCUUUCGGACGCAAGCAUGCUUCCGGACGCAAGCAUGCUUUCGGGCGCAAGCAUGCUUCCGGACGCAAGCAUGCGUCCGGACGCAAGCAUGCUUCUGGCAGUGAGCAUGCUUUCGGACGCAAGCAUGCUUCCGGGCGCAAGCAUGCUUUCAGACGCAAGCAUGCGUCCGGACGCAAGUAUGCUUCCGGACGCAAGCAUGCUUUCGGGCGCAAGCAUGCUUCCGGACGCAAGCAUGCUUCCGGACGCAAGCAUGCUUCUGGCAGUGAGCAUGCUUUCGGACGCAAGCAUGCUUCCGGGCGCAAGCAUGCUUUCGGAUGCAAGCAUGCUUCUGGACGCAAGCAUGCUUUCGGGCGCAAGCAUGCGUCCGGACGCAAGCAUGCUUCCGGACGCAAGCAUGCUUUCAGACGCAAGCAUGCGUCCGGACGCAAGCAUGCUUCCGGACGCAAGCAUGCUUUCGGGCGCAAGCAUGCUUCCGGGCGCAAGCAUGCUUCCGGACGCAAGCAUGCUUCUGGCAGUGAGCAUGCUUUCGGACGCAAGCAUGCGUCCGGGCGCAAGCAUGCUUUCGGACGCAAGCAUGCUUCUGGACGCAAGCAUGCUUUCGGGCGCAAGCAUGCUUUCGGACGCAAGCAUGCUUUCGGACGCAAGCAUGCUUCCGGACGCAAGCAUGCUUUCGGGCGCAAGCAUGCGUCCGGGCGCAAGCAUGCUUCUGGACGCAAGCAUGCUUUCGGACGCAAGCAUGCUUUCGGACGCAAGCAUGCUUCCGGACGCAAGCAUGCUUUCGGACGCAAGCAUGCGUCCGGGCGCAAGCAUGCUUCCGGACGCAAGCAUGCUUUCGGGCGCAAGCAUGCUUCCGGACGCAAGCAUGCUUUCGGACGCAAGCAUGCUUUCGGACGCAAGCAUGCGUCCGGACGCAAGCAUGCUUCCGGACGCAAGCAUGCGUCCGGGCGCAAGCAUGCUUUCGGAUGCAAGCAUGCUUCUGGACGCAAGCAUGCUUUCGGGCGCAAGCAUGCUUUCGGACGCAAGCAUGCUUUCGGACGCAAGCAUGCUUCCGGACGCAAGCAUGCUUUCGGGCGCAAGCAUGCUUCCGGACGCAAGCAUGCGUCCGGACGCAAGCAUGCUUCUGGCAGUGAGCAUGCUUUCGGACGCAAGCAUGCUUCCGGGCGCAAGCAUGCUUUCAGACGCAAGCAUGCGUCCGGACGCAAGCAUGCUUCCGGACGCAAGCAUGCUUUCGGGCGCAAGCAUGCUUCCGGACGCAAGCAUGCUUCCGGACGCAAGCAUGCUUCUGGCAGUGAGCAUGCUUUCGGACGCAAGCAUGCUUCCGGGCGCAAGCAUGCUUUCGGAUGCAAGCAUGCUUCUGGACGCAAGCAUGCUUUCGGGCGCAAAAAUGCGUCCGGACGCAAGCAUGCUUCCGGACGCAAGCAUGCUUUCAGACGCAAGCAUGCGUCCGGACGCAAGCAUGCUUCCGGACGCAAGCAUGCUUUCGGGCGCAAGCAUGCUUCCGGGCGCAAGCAUGCUUCCGGACGCAAGCAUGCUUCUGGCAGUGAGCAUGCUUUCGGACGCAAGCAUGCGUCCGGGCGCAAGCAUGCUUUCGGACGCAAGCAUGCUUCUGGACGCAAGCAUGCUUUCGGGCGCAAGCAUGCUUUCGGACGCAAGCAUGCGUCCGGACGCAAGCAUGCUUCCGGACGCAAGCAUGCGUCCGGGCGCAAGCAUGCUUUCGGAUGCAAGCAUGCUUCUGGACGCAAGCAUGCUUUCGGGCGCAAGCAUGCUUUCGGACGCAAGCAUGCUUUCGGACGCAAGCAUGCUUCCGGACGCAAGCAUGCUUUCGGGCGCAAGCAUGCUUCCGGACGCAAGCAUGCGUCCGGACGCAAGCAUGCUUCUGGCAGUGAGCAUGCUUUCGGACGCAAGCAUGCUUCCGGGCGCAAGCAUGCUUUCAGACGCAAGCAUGCGUCCGGACGCAAGCAUGCUUCCGGACGCAAGCAUGCUUUCGGGCGCAAGCAUGCUUCCGGACGCAAGCAUGCUUCCGGACGCAAGCAUGCUUCUGGCAGUGAGCAUGCUUUCGGACGCAAGCAUGCUUCCGGGCGCAAGCAUGCUUUCAGACGCAAGCAUGCGUCCGGACGCAAGCAUGCUUCCGGACGCAAGCAUGCUUUCGGGCGCAAGCAUGCUUCCGGACGCAAGCAUGCUUCCGGACGCAAGCAUGCUUCUGGCAGUGAGCAUGCUUUCGGACGCAAGCAUGCGUCCGGGCGCAAGCAUGCUUUCGGAUGCAAGCAUGCUUCUGGACGCAAGCAUGCUUUCGGGCGCAAGCAUGCUUUCGGACGCAAGCAUGCUUUCGGACGCAAGCAUGCUUCCGGACGCAAGCAUGCUUUCGGGCGCAAGCAUGCUUCCGGACGCAAGCAUGCGUCCGGGCGCAAGCAUGCUUCUGGCAGUGAGCAUGCUUUCGGACGCAAGCAUGCUUCCGGGCGCAAGCAUGCGUCCGGACGCAAGCAUGCUUCCGGACGCAAGCAUGCUUCCGGACGCAAGCAUGCUUCCGGACGCAAGCAUGCUUUCGGACGCAAGCAUGCUUUCGGACGCAAGCAUGCUUCCGGACGCAAGCAUGCUUUCGGGCGCAAGCAUGCUUCCGGACGCAAGCAUGCGUCCGGACGCAAGCAUGCUUCUGGCAGUGAGCAUGCUUUCGGACGCAAGCAUGCUUCCGGGCGCAAGCAUGCGUCCGGACGCAAGCAUGCUUCCGGACGCAAGCAUGCUUCCGGACGCAAGCAUGCUUCCGGACGCAAGCAUGCGUCCGGGCGCAAGCAUGCUUCUGGACGCAAGCAUGCUUUCGGACGCAAGCAUGCUUUCGGACGCAAGCAUGCUUCCGGACGCAAGCAUGCUUUCGGACGCAAGCAUGCGUCCGGGCGCAAGCAUGCUUCCGGACGCAAGCAUGCUUUCGGGCGCAAGCAUGCUUCCGGACGCAAGCAUGCUUUCGGACGCAAGCAUGCUUUCGGACGCAAGCAUGCGUCCGGACGCAAGCAUGCUUCCGGACGCAAGCAUGCGUCCGGGCGCAAGCAUGCUUUCGGAUGCAAGCAUGCUUCUGGACGCAAGCAUGCUUUCGGGCGCAAGCAUGCUUUCGGACGCAAGCAUGCUUUCGGACGCAAGCAUGCUUCCGGACGCAAGCAUGCUUUCGGGCGCAAGCAUGCUUCCGGACGCAAGCAUGCGUCCGGACGCAAGCAUGCUUCUGGCAGUGAGCAUGCUUUCGGACGCAAGCAUGCUUCCGGGCGCAAGCAUGCGUCCGGACGCAAGCAUGCUUUCGGACGCAAGCAUGCUUCCGGACGCAAGCAUGCUUCCGGAUGCAAGCAUGCGUCCGGGCGCAAGCAUGCUUCUGGACGCAAGCAUGCUUUCGGACGCAAGCAUGCUUUCGGACGCAAGCAUGCUUCCGGACGCAAGCAUGCUUUCGGACGCAAGCAUGCGUCCGGGCGCAAGCAUGCUUCCGGACGCAAGCAUGCUUUCGGGCGCAAGCAUGCUUUCGGACGCAAGCAUGCUUUCGGACGCAAGCAUGCUUUCGGACGCAAGCAUGCGUCCGGACGCAAGCAUGCUUCCGGACGCAAGCAUGCGUCCGGGCGCAAGCAUGCUUUCGGAUGCAAGCAUGCUUCUGGACGCAAGCAUGCUUUCGGGCGCAAGCAUGCUUUCGGACGCAAGCAUGCUUUCGGACGCAAGCAUGCUUCCGGACGCAAGCAUGCUUUCGGGCGCAAGCAUGCUUCCGGACGCAAGCAUGCGUCCGGACGCAAGCAUGCUUCUGGCAACGCGAAGCAUGCUUCCGGACGCAAGCAUGCUUCCGGACGCAAGCAUGCUUUCAGACGCAAGCAUGCUUCCGGGCGCAAGCAUGCUUUCGGGCGCAAGCAUGCUUCCGGACGCAAGCAUGCUUUCGGACGCAAGCAUGCUUUCGGAUGCAAGCAUGCUUCCGGACGCAAGCAUGCUUUCGGACGCAAGCAUGCUUUCGGACGCAAGCAUGCUUUCGGACGCAAGCAUGCUUUCGGACGCAAGCAUGAUUUCGGAUGCAAGCAUGCUUCUGGACGCAAGCAUGCUUUCGGGCGCAAGCAUGCUUUCGGACGCAAGCAUGCUUUCGGACGCAAGCAUGCUUCCGGACGCAAGCAUGCUUUCGGGCGCAAGCAUGCUUCCGGACGCAAGCAUGCGUCCGGGCGCAAGCAUGCUUCUGGCAGUGAGCAUGCUUUCGGACGCAAGCAUGCUUCCGGGCGCAAGCAUGCGUCCGGACGCAAGCAUGCUUCCGGACGCAAGCAUGCUUCCGGACGCAAGCAUGCUUCCGGACGCAAGCAUGCUUUCGGACGCAAGCAUGCUUUCGGACGCAAGCAUGCUUCCGGACGCAAGCAUGCUUUCGGGCGCAAGCAUGCUUCCGGACGCAAGCAUGCGUCCGGACGCAAGCAUGCUUCUGGCAGUGAGCAUGCUUUCGGACGCAAGCAUGCUUCCGGGCGCAAGCAUGCGUCCGGACGCAAGCAUGCUUCCGGACGCAAGCAUGCUUCCGGACGCAAGCAUGCUUCCGGACGCAAGCAUGCGUCCGGGCGCAAGCAUGCUUCUGGACGCAAGCAUGCUUUCGGACGCAAGCAUGCUUUCGGACGCAAGCAUGCUUCCGGACGCAAGCAUGCUUUCGGACGCAAGCAUGCGUCCGGGCGCAAGCAUGCUUCCGGACGCAAGCAUGCUUUCGGGCGCAAGCAUGCUUUCGGACGCAAGCAUGCUUUCGGACGCAAGCAUGCUUUCGGACGCAAGCAUGCGUCCGGACGCAAGCAUGCUUCCGGACGCAAGCAUGCGUCCGGGCGCAAGCAUGCUUUCGGAUGCAAGCAUGCUUCUGGAUGCAAGCAUGCUUUCGGGCGCAAGCAUGCUUUCGGACGCAAGCAUGCUUUCGGACGCAAGCAUGCUUCCGGACGCAAGCAUGCUUUCGGGCGCAAGCAUGCUUCCGGACGCAAGCAUGCGUCCGGACGCAAGCAUGCUUCUGGCAGUGAGCAUGCUUUCGGACGCAAGCAUGCUUCCGGGCGCAAGCAUGCGUCCGGACGCAAGCAUGCUUCCGGACGCAAGCAUGCUUCCGGACGCAAGCAUGCUUCCGGACGCAAGCAUGCGUCCGGGCGCAAGCAUGCUUCUGGACGCAAGCAUGCUUUCGGACGCAAGCAUGCUUUCGGACGCAAGCAUGCUUCCGGACGCAAGCAUGCUUUCGGACGCAAGCAUGCGUCCGGGCGCAAGCAUGCUUCCGGACGCAAGCAUGCUUUCGGGCGCAAGCAUGCUUCCGGACGCAAGCAUGCUUUCGGACGCAAGCAUGCUUUCGGACGCAAGCAUGCGUCCGGACGCAAGCAUGCUUCCGGACGCAAGCAUGCGUCCGGGCGCAAGCAUGCUUUCGGAUGCAAGCAUGCUUCUGGACGCAAGCAUGCUUUCGGGCGCAAGCAUGCUUUCGGACGCAAGCAUGCUUUCGGACGCAAGCAUGCUUCCGGACGCAAGCAUGCUUUCGGGCGCAAGCAUGCUUCCGGACGCAAGCAUGCGUCCGGACGCAAGCAUGCUUCUGGCAGUGAGCAUGCUUUCGGACGCAAGCAUGCUUCCGGGCGCAAGCAUGCGUCCGGACGCAAGCAUGCUUCCGGACGCAAGCAUGCUUCCGGACGCAAGCAUGCUUCCGGACGCAAGCAUGCGUCCGGGCGCAAGCAUGCUUCUGGACGCAAGCAUGCUUUCGGACGCAAGCAUGCUUUCGGACGCAAGCAUGCUUCCGGACGCAAGCAUGCUUUCGGACGCAAGCAUGCGUCCGGGCGCAAGCAUGCUUCCGGACGCAAGCAUGCUUUCGGGCGCAAGCAUGCUUUCGGACGCAAGCAUGCUUUCGGACGCAAGCAUGCUUUCGGACGCAAGCAUGCGUCCGGACGCAAGCAUGCUUCCGGACGCAAGCAUGCGUCCGGGCGCAAGCAUGCUUUCGGAUGCAAGCAUGCUUCUGGACGCAAGCAUGCUUUCGGGCGCAAGCAUGCUUUCGGACGCAAGCAUGCUUUCGGACGCAAGCAUGCUUCCGGACGCAAGCAUGCUUUCGGGCGCAAGCAUGCUUCCGGACGCAAGCAUGCGUCCGGACGCAAGCAUGCUUCUGGCAGUGAGCAUGCUUUCGGACGCAAGCAUGCUUCCGGGCGCAAGCAUGCGUCCGGACGCAAGCAUGCUUCCGGACGCAAGCAUGCUUCCGGACGCAAGCAUGCUUCCGGACGCAAGCAUGCGUCCGGGCGCAAGCAUGCUUCUGGACGCAAGCAUGCUUUCGGACGCAAGCAUGCUUUCGGACGCAAGCAUGCUUCCGGACGCAAGCAUGCUUUCGGACGCAAGCAUGCGUCCGGGCGCAAGCAUGCUUCCGGACGCAAGCAUGCUUUCGGGCGCAAGCAUGCUUUCGGACGCAAGCAUGCUUUCGGACGCAAGCAUGAUUUCGGACGCAAGCAUGCGUCCGGACGCAAGCAUGCUUCCGGACGCAAGCAUGCGUCCGGGCGCAAGCAUGCUUUCGGAUGCAAGCAUGCUUCUGGACGCAAGCAUGCUUUCGGGCGCAAGCAUGCUUUCGGACGCAAGCAUGCUUUCGGACGCAAGCAUGCUUCCGGACGCAAGCAUGCUUUCGGGCGCAAGCAUGCUUCCGGACGCAAGCAUGCGUCCGGACGCAAGCAUGCUUCUGGCAGUGAGCAUGCUUUCGGACGCAAGCAUGCUUCCGGGCGCAAGCAUGCGUCCGGACGCAAGCAUGCUUCCGGACGCAAGCAUGCUUCCGGACGCAAGCAUGCUUCCGGACGCAAGCAUGCGUCCGGGCGCAAGCAUGCUUCUGGACGCAAGCAUGCUUUCGGACGCAAGCAUGCUUUCGGACGCAAGCAUGCUUCCGGACGCAAGCAUGCUUUCGGACGCAAGCAUGCGUCCGGGCGCAAGCAUGCUUCCGGACGCAAGCAUGCUUUCGGGCGCAAGCAUGCUUUCGGACGCAAGCAUGCUUUCGGACGCAAGCAUGCUUUCGGACGCAAGCAUGCGUCCGGACGCAAGCAUGCUUCCGGACGCAAGCAUGCGUCCGGGCGCAAGCAUGCUUCCGGGCGCAAGCAUGCUUUCGGGCGCAAGCAUGCGUCCGGGCGCAAGCAUGCUUUCGGGCGCAAGCAUGCUUUCGGACGCAAGCAUGCUUCCGGACGCUAGCAUGCACGCAAGCAUGCUUCCGGGCGCAAGCAUGCUUUCGGGCGCAAGCAUGCUUCCGGACGCAAGCAUGCUUUCGGACGCAAGCAUGCUUUCGGAUGCAAGCAUGCUUCCGGACGCAAGCAUGCUUUCGGACGCAAGCAUGCUUUCGGACGCAAGCAUGCUUUCGGACGCAAGCAUGAUUUCGGACGCAAGCAUGCUUUCGGAUGCAAGCAUGCUUCUGGACGCAAGCAUGCUUUCGGGCGCAAGCAUGCUUUCGGACGCAAGCAUGCUUUCGGACGCAAGCAUGCUUCCGGACGCAAGCAUGCUUUCGGGCGCAAGCAUGGUUUCGGACGCAAGCAUGCUUCCGGACGCAUGCAUGCUUUCGGGCGCAAGCAUGGUUUCGGACGCAAGCAUGCUUCCGGGCGCAAGCAUGCUUUCGGGCGCAAGCAUGCUUUCGGACGCAAGCAUGCUUCCGGACGCAAGCAUGCUUCUGGACGCAAGCAUGCUUUCGGACGCAAGCAUGCUUUCGGGCGCAAGCAUGCUUUCGGACGCAAGCAUACUUCCGGGCGCAAGCAUGCGUCCGGGCGCAAGCAUGCUUCCGGGCGCAAGCAUGCGUCCGGACGCAAGCAUGCUUCCGGCAGUGAGCAUGCUUUCGGACGCAAGCAUGCUUCCGGGCGCAAGCAUGCGUCCGGCCGCAAGCAUGCUUCCGGGCGCAAGCAUGCUUCUGGCAGUGAGCAUGCUUUCGGACGCAAGCAUGCUUCCGGACGCAAGCAUGCGUCCGGGCGCAAGCAUGCUUCCGGACGCAAGCAUGCUUCCGGACGCAAGCAUGCUUUCGGACGCAAGCAUGCUUCCAGACGCAAGCAUGCUUUCGGACGCAAGCAUGCGUCCGGACGAAAGCAUGCUUCCGGACGCAAGCAUGCUUCCGGACGCAAGCAUGCGUCCGGACGCAAGCAUGCUUUCGGGCACAAGCAUGCUUUCGGACGCAAGCAUGCUUCCGAGCGCAAGCAUGCUUUCGGACGCAAGCAUGCAUCCGGACGCAAGCAUGCUUCCGGACGACAGCAUGCUUUCGGGCGCAAGCAUGCUUCCGGACGCAAGCAUGCUUUCGGACGCAAGCAUGCGUCCGGACGCAAGCAUGCUUCCGGACGCAAGCAUGCUUUCGGGCGCAAGCAUGCUUCCGGACGCAAGCAUGCUUCCGGACGCAAGCAUGCUUUCGGGCGCAAGCAUGCUUCCGGACGCAAGCAUGCUUCCGGACGCAAGCAUGCUUCUGGCAGUGAGCAUGCUUUCGGACGCAAGCAUGCUUCCGGGCGCAAGCAUGCUUUCGGAUGCAAGCAUGCUUCUGGACGCAAGCAUGCUUUCGGGCGCAAGCAUGCGUCCGGACGCAAGCAUGCUUCCGGACGCAAGCAUGCUUUCAGACGCAAGCAUGCGUCCGGACGCAAGCAUGCUUCCGGACGCAAGCAUGCUUUCGGGCGCAAGCAUGCUUCCGGGCGCAAGCAUGCUUCCGGACGCAAGCAUGCUUCUGGCAGUGAGCAUGCUUUCGGACGCAAGCAUGCGUCCGGGCGCAAGCAUGCUUUCGGACGCAAGCAUGCUUCUGGACGCAAGCAUGCUUUCGGGCGCAAGCAUGCUUUCGGACGCAAGCAUGCUUUCGGACGCAAGCAUGCUUCCGGACGCAAGCAUGCUUUCGGGCGCAAGCAUGCGUCCGGGCGCAAGCAUGCUUCUGGACGCAAGCAUGCUUUCGGACGCAAGCAUGCUUUCGGACGCAAGCAUGCUUCCGGACGCAAGCAUGCUUUCGGACGCAAGCAUGCGUCCGGGCGCAAGCAUGCUUCCGGACGCAAGCAUGCUUUCGGGCGCAAGCAUGCUUCCGGACGCAAGCAUGCUUUCGGACGCAAGCAUGCUUUCGGACGCAAGCAUGCGUCCGGACGCAAGCAUGCUUCCGGACGCAAGCAUGCGUCCGGGCGCAAGCAUGCUUUCGGAUGCAAGCAUGCUUCUGGACGCAAGCAUGCUUUCGGGCGCAAGCAUGCUUUCGGACGCAAGCAUGCUUUCGGACGCAAGCAUGCUUCCGGACGCAAGCAUGCUUUCGGGCGCAAGCAUGCUUCCGGACGCAAGCAUGCGUCCGGACGCAAGCAUGCUUCUGGCAGUGAGCAUGCUUUCGGACGCAAGCAUGCUUCCGGGCGCAAGCAUGCUUUCAGACGCAAGCAUGCGUCCGGACGCAAGCAUGCUUCCGGACGCAAGCAUGCUUUCGGGCGCAAGCAUGCUUCCGGACGCAAGCAUGCUUCCGGACGCAAGCAUGCUUCUGGCAGUGAGCAUGCUUUCGGACGCAAGCAUGCUUCCGGGCGCAAGCAUGCUUUCGGAUGCAAGCAUGCUUCUGGACGCAAGCAUGCUUUCGGGCGCAAGCAUGCGUCCGGACGCAAGCAUGCUUCCGGACGCAAGCAUGCUUUCAGACGCAAGCAUGCGUCCGGACGCAAGCAUGCUUCCGGACGCAAGCAUGCUUUCGGGCGCAAGCAUGCUUCCGGGCGCAAGCAUGCUUCCGGACGCAAGCAUGCUUCUGGCAGUGAGCAUGCUUUCGGACGCAAGCAUGCGUCCGGGCGCAAGCAUGCUUUCGGACGCAAGCAUGCUUCUGGACGCAAGCAUGCUUUCGGGCGCAAGCAUGCUUUCGGACGCAAGCAUGCGUCCGGACGCAAGCAUGCUUCCGGACGCAAGCAUGCGUCCGGGCGCAAGCAUGCUUUCGGAUGCAAGCAUGCUUCUGGACGCAAGCAUGCUUUCGGGCGCAAGCAUGCUUUCGGACGCAAGCAUGCUUUCGGACGCAAGCAUGCUUCCGGACGCAAGCAUGCUUUCGGGCGCAAGCAUGCUUCCGGACGCAAGCAUGCGUCCGGACGCAAGCAUGCUUCUGGUAGUGAGCAUGCUUUCGGACGCAAGCAUGCUUCCGGGCGCAAGCAUGCUUUCAGACGCAAGCAUGCGUCCGGACGCAAGCAUGCUUCCGGACGCAAGCAUGCUUUCGGGCGCAAGCAUGCUUCCGGACGCAAGCAUGCUUCCGGACGCAAGCAUGCUUCUGGCAGUGAGCAUGCUUUCGGACGCAAGCAUGCUUCCGGGCGCAAGCAUGCUUUCAGACGCAAGCAUGCGUCCGGACGCAAGCAUGCUUCCGGACGCAAGCAUGCUUUCGGGCGCAAGCAUGCUUCCGGACGCAAGCAUGCUUCCGGACGCAAGCAUGCUUCUGGCAGUGAGCAUGCUUUCGGACGCAAGCAUGCUUUCGGGCGCAAGCAUGCUUUCGGGCGCAAGCAUGCUUUCGGGCGCAAGCAUGCUUUCGGACGCAAGCAUGCGUCCGGACGCAAGCAUGCUUCCGGACACAAGCAUGCGUCCGGGCGCAAGCAUGCUUUCGGAUGCAAGCAUGCUUCUGGACGCAAGCAUGCUUUCGGGCGCAAGCAUGCUUUCGGACGCAAGCAUGCUUUCGGACGCAAGCAUGCUUCCGGACGCAAGCAUGCUUUCGGGCGCAAGCAUGCUUCCGGACGCAAGCAUGCGUCCGGGCGCAAGCAUGCUUCUGGCAGUGAGCAUGCUUUCGGACGCAAGCAUGCUUCCGGGCGCAAGCAUGCGUCCGGACGCAAGCAUGCUUCCGGACGCAAGCAUGCUUCCGGACGCAAGCAUGCUUCCGGACGCAAGCAUGCUUUCGGACGCAAGCAUGCUUUCGGACGCAAGCAUGCUUCCGGACGCAAGCAUGCUUUCGGGCGCAAGCAUGCUUCCGGACGCAAGCAUGCGUCCGGACGCAAGCAUGCUUCUGGCAGUGAGCAUGCUUUCGGACGCAAGCAUGCUUCCGGGCGCAAGCAUGCGUCCGGACGCAAGCAUGCUUCCGGACGCAAGCAUGCUUCCGGACGCAAGCAUGCUUCCGGACGCAAGCAUGCGUCCGGGCGCAAGCAUGCUUCUGGACGCAAGCAUGCUUUCGGACGCAAGCAUGCUUUCGGACGCAAGCAUGCUUCCGGACGCAAGCAUGCUUUCGGACGCAAGCAUGCGUCCGGGCGCAAGCAUGCUUCCGGACGCAAGCAUGCUUUCGGGCGCAAGCAUGCUUCCGGACGCAAGCAUGCUUUCGGACGCAAGCAUGCUUUCGGACGCAAGCAUGCGUCCGGACGCAAGCAUGCUUCCGGACGCAAGCAUGCGUCCGGGCGCAAGCAUGCUUUCGGAUGCAAGCAUGCUUCUGGACGCAAGCAUGCUUUCGGGCGCAAGCAUGCUUUCGGACGCAAGCAUGCUUUCGGACGCAAGCAUGCUUCCGGACGCAAGCAUGCUUUCGGGCGCAAGCAUGCUUCCGGACGCAAGCAUGCGUCCGGACGCAAGCAUGCUUCUGGCAGUGAGCAUGCUUUCGGACGCAAGCAUGCUUCCGGGCGCAAGCAUGCGUCCGGACGCAAGCAUGCUUCCGGACGCAAGCAUGCUUCCGGACGCAAGCAUGCUUCCGGACGCAAGCAUGCGUCCGGGCGCAAGCAUGCUUCUGGACGCAAGCAUGCUUUCGGACGCAAGCAUGCUUUCGGACGCAAGCAUGCUUCCGGACGCAAGCAUGCUUUCGGACGCAAGCAUGCGUCCGGGCGCAAGCAUGCUUCCGGACGCAAGCAUGCUUUCGGGCGCAAGCAUGCUUUCGGACGCAAGCAUGCUUUCGGACGCAAGCAUGCUUUCGGACGCAAGCAUGCGUCCGGACGCAAGCAUGCUUCCGGACGCAAGCAUGCGUCCGGGCGCAAGCAUGCUUUCGGAUGCAAGCAUGCUUCUGGACGCAAGCAUGCUUUCGGGCGCAAGCAUGCUUUCGGACGCAAGCAUGCUUUCGGACGCAAGCAUGCUUCCGGACGCAAGCAUGCUUUCGGGCGCAAGCAUGCUUCCGGACGCAAGCAUGCGUCCGGACGCAAGCAUGCUUCUGGCAUGA